AUGUCUAUUCUUAGAAACUCUUUUUCAUCUUGCGUAUUGUCACUGUUUGUGUCGGGACUGUUCUCGUUAUGCUUUCUCGCUUCUGCAACAUACGCUAGCUCGGACCAUCGGAUAUACACACGCGACCCAACAUCCUUCAACUGGACGAGUCUUACACCUUCAACAACUUUGAACUGGGAAAGCUGCUACGAUUCUUUCCAAUGUGCACGGCUCUCGGUGCCUAUGCUUUACUCUGACCCUUCAAGAGGCCAAGCCGCAAUUGCACUAAUUAAAGUACCAUCUAAUUUGUCGACCACCGAUGAGAAUUAUAAGGGCCCAAUCCUGUUUAACCCAGGUGGUCCUGGUAGCUCGGGAGUACAAGUCAUCCUCGAAGCAGGUAGUCUAUUCCAGGCGGGUCUCGGUUCGGAGUUUGAUAUCGUUGGGUUCGAUCCACGAGGUGUAGGAUUCACAACCCCACCCAUAUCAAUCUUUCAAGACUCAGUUGAAGCCGGGACUUUCUUCACACAGAAAGAGUUAGACGUAAAUGCGACUCAGUCUUCGCUAGGGAGAUCGUUCAUUCAGACGACACUGUUGGGGAAGCUUGUCGAAGAACGUGCGGUAGAUGUAGCGAAGACUGUGUCGACGCCUACUGUGGCGAGGGAUAUGCUUAGUAUUGUUGAGGCGGCUGGACAGGAGAAGAUACAGUAUUGGGGAAUCUCGUAUGGGACUGUUCUUGGGGCGACUUUCGCUGCAAUGUUUCCUGACAAAGUCGGCCGUCUUGUUAUUGAUGGUGUUGUAGACUCCGAGGAAUAUUAUAAGGGCAACUGGUCCGGUUUUAUCGUCGACAUGGAUAAAGUAUACACCAGCAUCCUUGAUGCAUGUGUCGAAGCCGGGCCAUCCCAGUGUACCUUACACGAGAACACCACCGAACAAAUCCACGAUCGUAUUGAAACCCUUAUGAACAAAUUACGCAUCGAACCUGCCCUAUAUUUCAACGGCACAGCAAUUAACUCAGCCGUAGUCGACUACUCGACAGUUCGUUAUCAAAUGUUUCAGUCGCUCUACUUCCCCUAUAACACUGGUGCGCCUCUCCUCGGGGCACUCGCUGCGCUGGAACAAGGUAACGCGACUCCAAUAUAUCAGAACUCGAACGAGAGUUCGUUCCAUGCUUUUCUCGAGGAUGAAUGUUCGGUGAAGCCUGAAAACACAUCGGUGGCUGGAGUGUUAGAGGCAAACCCUACGAUUUUUUGUGUGGAUAUCGUUACGGAUGAUGUACAAAGUAUUGAGUAUGCACGUGCUGCGUAUGAGUUUUCGAAGGGACUUUCUCCGGAGUUUGCGGGGGCGUGGUUAAGUGGACAGUUGUGCUCUGGUUGGACAGUUCGAGCGGAGGAUCGAUUCAAUGGUUCCUUUAUACAAAACACAAGCUACCCGUUGUUGGUCAUUGGGAACGCCGCUGACCCGGUCACUCCACUUGCAAGCGCGUUCAAGAUGUCGAAAGGCUUUACAAACUCCGUCGUGUUGACGCGGAACGGUACAGGCCAUACAUCCUUAUCUGGAGCAUCAAGCUGUACGACCCAAGCUAUGCGCGCUUACUUUAUGAAUGGUACCCUACCCAAAGAAGGCACGGUUUGCGAAGUAGAAAGUACGAUUUUUAACUCGACGUCCGGCUCUGAGGGUGGGACUACGUCUGUGGUGCAGAGAGUUCUACGUCGUGGUGUUGGAUACGGGCUUCUCUGA